ACCUACUAUAUAUAUACAUCAACCAGCUUUCAGACAGGUUAUACAAUUUUCAAGCAUAUUUUGUUGUCGCAAAAUAUUUAGAGUGUGCAGUAGUGCUAAACGAAUCAAUUAAAUAAAAGAAUGAGCUCAAAAAAUACCGAUCCAGAAAGCGACGAAGCGACGCACAAGUUGGCUUAUGGCAUUGAAGACACGCCGCCUUGGUAUUUGAGUUUGGUGUUAGGAUUUCAACACUACUUGACAAUGUUCGGUUCAACUCUCGCUGUGCCUCUCAUACUCUCAGGCUCCCUCUGCAUUUCAAACAACGAUCUCGCAAAAUCGCAGUUGAUCAGCACAGGAUUUUUUGUCGGUGGUAUUGUCACAAUUAUACAGACAUUACUCGGCACAAGGUUACCGAUAGUCCAGGGCGCAGCAUUCUCAUUUUUAACUCCUGCAAUCGCAAUCAUGUCUUCAUCUAAAUACUCACCUUGUCCUAAUUUGUCAACGAACACCAGUGUCAACAACAGUAUAGAAUUCGACUGGAAACCACGUAUGCUUGAGGUUCAAGGUGCCAUCUUGGUUGCUUCUUGCCUUCAGGUUCUUAUCGGCCUGACUGGUGUUAUAGGGUUCCUUAUGUCGUACAUAGGCCCGUUAACUGUGGCGCCUACCAUCACUUUAGUUGGCCUGUCGUUGUUCGGCACGGCUGCAGAUAAUUUUGCGGGAACGCAUUGGGGAAUAUCAUUCAUGACGAUGGCUCUUAUCAUUAUAUUCUCUCAACAUCUACGGAAUGUUGGUGUUCCCUUACCAGUGUAUACAAGAGGGAAAGGCUGGACCUUUCCACGCGUAUACAUUUUCAGUCUGUUCCCGGUCAUUAUUGGAAUUAUGUUUUCGUGGGCAAUCUGUGGUAUCAUAACUGUAGCCGGCGGAUUUCCAUCUUCAAGUGAAGUUUAUGGCUACGCUGCUCGCACUGAUAUUCGACUGGGUGUACUGGAUGACGCACCAUGGUUUAGAGUUCCAUAUCCUGGACAGUGGGGUGUUCCAGUCGUCACGUUGUCAGGUGUGCUGGGAAUGAUCAGCGGUGUACUCGCUUCCAUAAUUGAAUCGGUUGGAGACUACUACGCAUGCGCACGACUGUGUCGAAUACCGUCACCGCCUCACCAUGCGGUAAACAGGGGCAUAUUCAUGGAAGGCAUUGGUUGUAUACUUGCUGGUGCGUGGGGCACGGGUAGUGGGACAACUUCUUACAGUGAAAACAUUGGAGCAAUUGGAAUCACUAAAGUUGGCAGUCGAAGAGUUGUUCAAGCUGGUGCCAUCAUUAUGAUCAUACUGGCAGUUAUUGGAAAGUUCGGGGCGUUGUUUACAACCAUACCCGAUCCUAUUGUCGGUGGAAUGUUCUGUGUAAUGUUUGGAAUGAUAGCUGCAGUCGGGAUGUCCAGUUUGCAGUUUGUUGAUUUGGAUUCGUCCAGAAAUCUUCUCAUCAUGGGAUUCUCUACAUUCAUGGGGAUUGCGCUUCCAGAGUGGGUGAAGAAGAACAACCAGUUGAUACGAACAGGUGUACCUGAGCUUGAUCAGAUCUUUAUCGUUCUCUUGCAAACUGGUAUGUUCGUUGCAGGAGUUCUUGGUUUCGUCUUGGACAACACAAUACCUGGCACAGAAAAGGAACGUGGUCUACUCGCGUGGAGAAAACUACAAGAAGUGACAACUUCCCCUACGACGGAGAAUAAUCAAGAAGCAAAUACUAAUACACACGAAUCUAUAAGUUCCAACCAACAAACCCAGAAGGCAAAAACUCCACCACAACCGAGUUCUGUUUACAAUUUACCAUUUGGUUGGAUUGACAACACAAGAUGUGCAAGUUCUUGCAACAACCCGUCGCUUACAAAGGUUGCUUCUUAUGUUCCAAUUUGCCCCUCUUUUCGAAAGCGGUAUUCACAAAAUGACAAUAAUUGUGAAACAAUUGAAAACCAAAAUACAGUGUGUAACACGGUAUUAUAAGAAUAUGCGAUACAAAUGUUUGGUUAUAGUUGGUUGGAGGAAGAUGGGACAUCUUUUCAUUCUAAUUUCUCGUCACAUUUGGUAGUAAACAAAGAACAUUAAAAGAAUUAUAAAACCGUAGCUUUACGACUCCUAUAUAGACCGUUGUUAAUGGUUUACUUUAAAACACUAUGAUGUUUUAGCGUUAACAAAAGUUUUUGAAACUAACAACUAAUGUAAGCAUAACCAUAGUUGCUUUGUACUAAUGCUGGUUUUGUAUGUUCUGUAUACCCGAUUAAAAUUAUAUAGGCCGUUCUAAAAAAAGAUCAGUGCUAUAGCGUGAAAAUAAAUGUUAAAUUCUUGCAC